AAGUAUUGCGAUCGCGGCUCCCUCCACCAAGCCAUCGCCAAGGGCCUCUUCAAAAGCAGCUCCAAAUGGAACAACAAGAUCGCGCUUCGAGCCCUGCUGCGAACAGCAAGGGAGAUAGCUCAGGGCAUGAGCCACCUGCAUACGUGUCGGGUGGUGCAUGGCGACUUGAAGCCGGGCAAUGUGCUGCUGAUGAGCAGCCGGGCCGACCGGCGGGGCUUCACCGCCAAGGUGUCUGAUUUCGGCCUAUCCACCUACUGCAUGGCGUCACACACGAGCGUGACCCGGUGGAGCACAGUCAGCUACAUGGCACCGGAGGCGUUUGAGGGGCACCUGACCAUGGGCUCUGACACCUUCAGCUUCGGAGUGCUGCUGUGGGAGAUGUACACCGGUAUGUACCCGUACUCCGGCCUCCAGGCAGCUCAGAUCGUGAUGGGCGUCCAGGCGGGUCAGCUCUCCCUGGAGUGGCCCCCGGACAGCGACCCGCGCAUAGUGGACCUGGUGGAGGGCUGCAUACAGCGGAACCCCGCAGCGCGACCCACUUUCAACCAGCUCAUAUCCCAGCUG